GAUGAAGUUUUACUUUAUGGAUUGAACAGAGAGAGUUUGUGAUGUUGGUCAUUCUUUUCUUUAAAUACUCUUUUCAAACUGGACUCACCCCCCACUCUCAUUGUGUUCUUGUGUUGAGCAUAUAAAUAUUUUUUUUCCCUUUUAAGGCUUCUGCUUAUGGAUUUCUAAGACCUUUAACUUGAGUCGGUGGAUGAUGCAGUUGCAGCUGGUUUAGAAGGAGUAGAAAAGAUGAACACAAGCGUCAGGACAAGGAACCAGCCUAGGAAACCUCCAAUGACACAUGAAAAGGUAGAGAUGCGGGCAAGCUUGCGAGAAGGCACAAGGAAUAUUGCAGCUAAAGGUGGAAGGACAUCUAGCAAAGACAGAAAAAUUGCUUUGCAACAAGAUGUUGAAAGGUUGAAGAAGAAGCUUAGGGAUGAGGAGAACAUUCACAGGGCAUUAGAGAGAGCUUUCAAUAGGCCUUUGGGAUCUCUGCCUCGUCUUCCUCCCUAUCUCCCUCCUCAUACACUAGGACUUGUAGCUGAAGUGGCAGUGCUGGAAGAAGAAAUUGUUAGGCUUGAAGAGCAGGUCCUACAGUUCAAGCAGAACUUGUACCAUGAACCUGUCUACAUUUCAGCCUCUAAGAUGAAACUCCAGCAUUCAGCAUCUGCGAAAAUUGCAAACUCCAAAGAUAGUCCAAAACUGAGUAAAUUGAAGUCCAUUUCCCAAAUAUUGGGUGGUGCUGCAACAUCUACAACUAGGCCUUCACGUUCAACAACACUUCCUGAGGCUAAAGAACAAAAAGAGAAUCAACCUUAUACUAUUUCUACAAAGAGGAGCAAGCAAUCCAUGUAUAAAGGCCAAACAACAGAAGUUCCAAUUAAGAAGCUCCCCAUGGACAAUAAACCACUGAAGAAACAUUGGAAUCUUCCAAAAAAGCAGCAAGAACUAAGGCGAAUCGAAACACCAACAGGAGACAAAAGCCCAAAUGUAAUCUCUGAAAAUAUUAUGGAGUGUUUAUCAAGUAUCCUCUUGAGAAUGAGUACUGCCAAGUGCCAAUGACAUACAACCCUUGAAGGAUCUAAAAUCUGAAAACUGCAUUGGAGGAACCGAGUUUUGUGAUCCUUAUGGCAUCUUGUGGUACUUGGUCCUCUCCUUCCGUGAGAGUUGAGAACGAACUGGAAGUGGCCAAAAGACUUGGAAUCAUUGAUGGACUUGAUAUGCCUCCAAUUACCAAGUGAAUUAGGGAAAGAAGCCAUUGAGUUCCUUCAGAAAAGAAAAAAGCGAGCCUCUCUCACAAUUUGUACGAAUUAUGCCAUAUGAAUUUAGCUUCAGAUACUUGUUCGGCUGUUACCCAAAUCACAGUUCGGCUAUUGCCCAAGAAACAAGAAAGGCUGAAGCGAGUGCGGUACUGCCAAUUUUGUCAUAUGGGUUCUUGAAUGUGGGCCAACAAAUAUUUUGGAUCCAAUAGAAAUUAUGUCAAAGCAUAUUGUUGUCCUACAACAUUUUUCAAUUUUGCAUCAAGUAAUAGUAAAUUUUGACCCAAAAAUAUAGUAAAUUUUGACCAAAGAAAUUAGUAAGUAGGGUGAUGAUAGAUAAAAAAGUAAUUAGGGAGAGGAGCUUGACCAGGAAUAAAAACUGAGGAGCAUUAUCAAUAAUAUAUUUUUUAUUGCUUUCUUUUAAAAAAAAGUCAACAAUUUUUUAUUAAGUGAAAAUAAUGCAGGUUUCAAUAGCUUAUAUGAAUUUUAUUGUCAUGUUUUUAUUCAAUAAAAAAAGGGUUAUGAAAAAUAUUACUUGCAUAUUUAAUAGAGGUGUCAAAUUAGCUUAUCACUUCAAGCGAUAUCAACCUACACUUUUAUGUCCGCUUUAACUAUAAGUUUUUUCAAUUCUGACCCACACAACUCACUUAGUAUUAAAUAGGCUCGGAGAGGCCUGCCUCACAUUCCAUUAUUUUUCAUUUUACAUAAAUUCGUACAAUAUAUUAAAACUAAAAACUAUUUCUUUAAACUCUCUCUCUCUCUCUCUCUGUGUGUGUGUGUGUGUGUCGGCAAACGGUCGAACGAGUAUGAAGGUGUUGUUGGGGUUUUGGGCUCCCUUCCUAUGUGGAGAAAGGCCCAAAUAUGUAGCUCACUUUAUCUCACUUAUACAAGUGGAGAGAGGUCAGCUAGGGCAAGAGAGUUAGCUCAUUUGCAAAAGAGAGAGAAGCUGAAAAGUGAAAGAGAAAGAAGAGAAACUAUUUUCACACAUACUCAGAGCAGUCUCUGUAGAUCUUCUGUAGCGCCUUCGUUCACUGUCGGAUCGCCCCGAAAUUUGGACAGCAGGUUUGUGACUCCUGGGUCUUCAAUAUGGAUAAUUGGAUCAGUGAGAAGUUGUCUGUAGAGGGAGAUAUCUGGCUCGGACAGUAGCAGUGUUUUGCAGGUUUUCUGUUCUACUUUGUUCUCAAUUUCAUGCUUGUUGCCUUAUUAUUUUGGCUGAUUGUUGAGCACGAUUUGUGCUACUAUUUGAGACUCUCUUGUAACCUUAUUUGAUCAUAGCGGAGCUUGAUUACUAGUUUGGUCC